AUGUCAUUAGUUUCUGGGUACUCAUCUGGUUCUGAUGAAGAAAGUGAUCGGAACAAGAGGCCGUCAGACGCAAAUUUAGAUUUUGAACAAUCAAAACUUCUGGACAAACCGGCUUCAAUGCCAGUUGAAAAGACCGUAACAGGUGACAUGCAACAUAUUAAAAUUGAUGCGACAUCUUUCAAACGCAGAAAACGCUUUUUUGAAGAAAGUAGAAUAUCAAAUGCAGAGUUUAAAAAUGACUCAAAGACUAUUAAAAAAACACGGAAGGGUAGUGAUGACCCCUACGAUUAUGCAUCUUAUUUAGGUCCAUGGGCAGGAUAUGAUAACGAUGAUUCCAGCAGCUCGGAAGAAAUAGAGGAUUCAAAGGAAAAUUUGAAAAACUUCAGUGUUCCAAAAGAAGAUGACGCAGAGGACUACCGAAAAGCGGCUGAAACAGAAACAACGGAAUUGUUUGAAAAGAAGCAGGUUCCAAUUUUACAUCCGCCAUCACAAUCUAAGAUAGAUUUUAAUGGUACACCUGGAGAACAGAAAUGCUAUGUGCCCAGAAAAGUCCUUUUUACAUAUCAUGCGCACGAAAAUGGUGUACAAAUACUGCAAUUUCUACCAAAGACUGGACAUCUUAUACUUUCGAGCGGAAACGACAACAACAUUAAAAUAUGGGAAGUAUAUGGAAGGCACAAACUUCUACGAGGAUAUUAUGGCCAUACAAAGCCGGUAAACUAUAUAAAUUUCAGCCAAGAUGGUACUAAGUUCAUUAGCUGCUCAUACGACAAAUAUGUGAAGAUUUGGGAUACAGAGAAAGGGACAUGUAUUAAUAAAUUGAAACUAAGAUCAUAUCCAACAGUGGCCAAGUUCAAUCCUAAGAAGAACAAUGAAUUUUUAAUUGGAAAUGCUAAAGCAAAUAUUGAACACUAUGAUUUAAAUUCAAACGAUAUUGUACAAUCAUACGAAAGUCAUCGGGGGGCUAUCAACGAUAUGAUAUUUAUCAAUGACGGUACAAAUCUUGUAACGAGCUCUGCUGACAAAACGAUAAAGAUAUGGAAUUUAGGAGUUAAUAUGCCAAUAAAAGAAAUUAAGGGUACCAAACAACAAUCAAUGCCAUCUUUGCAAAUGCACCCUAGCGGGAAGUAUUUUUGUGCGCAAUCCAUGGACAACACAAUCGUUACUUUUACCACUAAGAAAAAUGAUAAAUUCAGAAGAAUAAGGAAAAAAACUUUUACGGGCCACCAUUCAGCUGGAUACGCUAUUGACAUUCAAUUCACACCAGAUGGGAGAAGUUUGGCAAGUGGUGAUGCGGUUGGCUUUACAUAUUUCUGGGACUGGAAAACCACAAAGCUUAUCAAGAAAAUUAAAACAGACGAUCAACCUAUAACCAAGAUUGACACACACCCGUUGGAAUCAAGUAUGAUGGCAAUGGCUGGCUCAACGGGUAAAAUAUUUUUGUACGACUAA